GGAACAAACACCAAAAUAUAUGUUCACAGUCUACACGCUUACGUUAUUCCUUGCCAUUACCGGCCACCUUAAUUCGGCAGCCUCCAUGCCGACGGCCAUCCUUUAAGAGUCUUCUUCUUGCCAUCUCUCCCGCAUUCUGCUACUCUCUCUCUCUCUCUCUCUCCCAAGAGAUAAAGAAAUUCCUGUCAGGAACAAGUAAUUGACCGAAAGAAAUUGAAAUUGAAACCAAACGAAGCCCUGGCUAGUUGAUCUUUGCAGUUCUUGAUUUCUUUACGGAUUUCUAUUUAAUUGCAGGGAAGGAGUAUAUACAUAUACAUAUAUAUGAUUUUGGCAACGAUGUGUCGAAUGCGGGAGAUCAUACUGGUGUUGUUUUCGCUGGCAAUGUUCUCGAAGUCGGCGGCCGGCGGGAGGUCGAGUCCGCCGGCGGAAGGUUCGAGCUACUGCCUGAGCUGGAGGCUGGCGGUGGAGGCGGAUAACGUGCGCGCGUGGCGCACCGUACCGACGGAGUGUUUGCGGCACAUUGAGGACUACAUGACCGGGGGGCAGUACAGCCGCGAUCUGGACUUCGUGAUCGAGCACAUCACCAGCUACAUCGAGACCAUUGAUCUUGCCGGCGACGGCUUCGACGCUUGGAUCCUCGACGUCGAUGACACCUGCAUCUCCAAUCUCCUCUACUACCGGGGGAAGCGGUUUGGGUGUGACCCGUACGAUCCAGAUGGGUUCAAGAAGUGGGCGCUGAGGGGGGCGUGCCAGGCGAAUCCGGCGGUUCAAAGAUUCUUCAAGCAGCAGCUGGUGGGGAGGGGAUUCAAGGUGUUUCUGGUCACCGGAAGAGACGAAGCGACACUUGGUCGGGCCACCUCCUACAACUUGCGCAAGCAGGGUUUCCUUGGCUAUGAAAGGUUGAUUAUGAGGAACCCAGAGUACAAGGGACAAAGCGCGGUGGCAUACAAGUCUGAGAUAAGGAAGCAAUUGCAAGCGGAAGGUUACAGAAUAUGGGGCAAUGUGGGCGACCAGUGGAGUGACAUCCAAGGCGAUUGUGUCGGCAACCGCACCUUCAAGCUUCCUAAUCCCAUGUACUUCGUUCCUUGAACCCCCCCAAAUGCACAUAAAUAUUUGUUUCAGCCCAUCCAUUCUAUCACACUCAACUGUAUGUGUGUACGUAUAAAUAUAUAUAUUUUCUAAGAAUAAAACUAUUUUCAGUUGGACUGCACUUGUUUUUUUGUAAUCCGAGUUGUGAAAUGUUUUAUAUGUCCCUUAAUAAAAUUAAUAGAAAUAAAGAGUUGCUAGGGACAUUUAAAAUAUUUCAUAGCCUGGACUACAAAAAACAAGUGUAGUUCGGACUGAAAAUCGUGGUCAUCAUAUUCUAAACAUCUCACGACUAUGAGGUUGCGGGCAUCUAUCCUAUAGAAACAAUCAGCAAUGUAUCAUCUCAUGUAUUCUAAACAUAUCUAUUCAUCUAUGCACAUGAUAUGUGGUUUGGCCUACAAAUAUGUGUUAUCGAUCUGUAAUACUGAAGUACUCCUUAAGUUAGUCUGCAACAGAGAACUCACAAGGCUUUGUGUAUGGAUUGAAGGGUUAGACCUAUGGGUUUCAUGGUGUUGAGGCCCUGUCCUUCCCCUCUAUGAGGUUGGUCUCGAGUGAUCACAAAAGAAAGUCGACUCAUCAACCUCAUUGCGCCCACAAUUCUAUGUUCCAUUGACCUAUUGCUCGCGUCCCUUUAGACUUGGACAUUAACAGUACAAUUAUAUGACCUCUCUCC